AUGGAGGCAGCAGCAGCCAUACGAGACAUGAUGGUGAGCAAGCAGCAGGAUAGGCAUGAAGGUGGUAGCAGCAUGACGAUGGCAUCAAAUGUAUGGAACAUGUUGGUAGGUAGUCAAAAGCAGUGGCAUGAAUAUUACAACAAGAUGAUGGAGGCAUCCGCAGCCUUACUGAACAUGAUGCUGUCCCUACCUGGAUUAAAGGAAUAUGAAAAUACAUUAAAUGCGAUCAAGAAAAUUGCAAAAUCAAGCCCAGAUACAGAUUCUAAGGCAUCAGAAGAACCUGAAGGAACCUUUGCCAAGAUAAUCAAGGUCAACAAAGAAAAUGACAUAAACUUACAUCAAGGUGACAUGUUCGAAACAACUGGACGCAGCGCUACGUCCUGCACAGGAUGCUUGUGGCCCAAAUCUGCCAAUGGGACGGUCAAUGUGCCUUAUUCGUUUGCCUCCAAUUAUAGUAUUGGGAACCUCAACUUGUUUAAGACAUCAAUGGAGGAAUUUGAAACCCUUACCUGUGUGAGGUUUGUGCCUCGGACAACGGAGAAUGACUACCUCAAUAUUAUGACUUCAAAGGGAUGCGCAUCAUAUGUGGGCCGAAUCGGUGGAGGUCAGAUGGUUGCACUAGAUAUGGGUGGCUGUAUGUACAGAGGAAUUAUACAGCAUGAGCUAAACCAUGCCCUGGGGUUCUACCAUGAGCAUACAAGGAGUGACCGGGAUAACUAUGUCACCAUCAUGUACCAGUACAUUUUACCAGGUCACGUUAUGAAUUUUUAUAAACAAAACACCAACAACCUUGGUCUUGAGUAUGACUAUAAAUCAGUGAUGCAUUAUAACAGUUUCGCUUUCUCAAACACUUCAGGACAACCCACCAUUGUGACCAUACCGGUCCCAAACAUCCCAAUUGGUCAAAUAGAUGGACUGAGUGUUCUAGAUGUCUCUAAAAUCAACCGGUUGUAUCAAUGCAAUGCCUGUGCUUAUUUACUUAAUGAAAAGAAUGGAAGUCUAACCUCCGCCAACUAUCCAUCAGCCUACCCCAAUAAUGCCAGCUGUGUUUGGCUGAUCAGAACACCAUCAGAUCAGGUUACAUUGAACUUUGUUGCCUUUGAUGUCCAGUCGUCACCCAAUUGUAUAUCUGACUAUAUUAGGAUUUAUGAUGGUCCGACUAAGAAAGAUCCCCUGUUGUUGGACAGAACUUGUGGGACUGGGUUGAUUCCUCAAAUUAUUGCCUCUACUAACCAGUUACUGCUUGAGUUUUCCAGUGACAGCAGUGUUGCUGGAGUAGGCUUUAAAGCCACAUACAGCUCAGUGCAAUGUGGAGGAGCAUUCUAUGCACCGGAAAGAAACUUUACAUCCCCUGGCUACCCCAAUUCCUACAGCCCAAACAUGAAUUGCAUCUACACCAUUACAGCUCCUGUUGGAAAGAAGAUUUCCUUCAUGGUUACUGAUUUUCAGACAGAGAGUAGUCAGUACUGCCUCUAUGACUAUUUAGAGAUCCUGGAUGGGUCCACCUGGAAGGGUCCAUUCUGUGGGAACUAUAAAAUCCCUUCCUUUACCUCUAAAGGCAAUUCACUGUGGCUGAGAUUUGUUAGUGAUGGCAGCGAUCAGUUUAGAGGCUUCCAGGCAUCAUAUAAAUUUGUGUAA